UGUGCGUGGCACGUGUUAAAAGGACUAAGUCGACGCCGCCAACAAUUGUAGUAGGAAACUGAAAGAGAUUGGGUGGAGGGCAUGGAGAAGAGUCCCACGAAGCUGGAAUACUAUGAUGACAUGGGGAGGCUCCAAUCCGGUGCCACACUAUUAUCUCACUCCAGGGGGGAUGAUGGUAGACAUGCUUUGAUAUUGGAUCGCACAAUUUUCCAUCCGCAAGGAGGUGGUCAACCGGCGGAUACUGGCUCUGUACUCAUUCAUGGCUUAGACAACAAAUUUGUGGUUUCUGAUGUUCGGUCCAAAGAUGGAAUUGUUUUUCAUUAUGGUUUCUUUGAGAAUAUGAGAGGGGAAUUUGAGCCUACAUUAGAGACAGGGCAGGAGGUUUCACUGUUUGUUGAUAUGCCCAGGAGAAAACUGAACUCCAGAUUGCAUUCAGCAGGACAUUUGCUUGAUAUUUGUCUGCCAAGAAUAGGAUUGGGUCAUUUAGAGCCUGGCAAAGCUUACCAUUUUCCUGAUGGGCCUUGGGUUGAAUAUAAAGGUACAAUUUCACAAAAUGAAAUGCAGAGUAAGCAUAAGGAUUUAGAGCUUGAGGCCAAUGCAUUAAUUUGCGUGGGAGGAAAAGUUUCAGCUGAUAUAUUACCGUAUGACGAAGCCGCUGAGCUUUGUGGUGGGUGUCUUCCUGAUUAUGUUCUGAAGGAAAGCACACCUCGCAUAGUGAGGAUUGGAGAUAAUCCUGGCUGCCCCUGUGGUGGUACUCAUGUUGCUGACAUUUCAGAAAUCAUACAAAUUAAGGUUUCUCAAAUUCGCUCGAAGAAGGGGCUGACAAAAGUCUUUUACAAUGUUGAAUCCUAAUGAUACGUGGCUGAAUCUGCUCUCAUGUAAAUGCCAUUUGAGCUCCAUACUACUCUUAGAUAAGCAUUGAAGGAAACUAAAUAAAUUUGUAAACGGUGUUUUGGUCAGAAACUUUUUAUCCACAAUAUCAUUCAUCAACUGUGGUCGGGGUGGUACCACCACAUGGGCAAACUUUGUUUGGAUAAUGAAUUUUAACAAAACAGUUAUCUGAAAGGUUUAGGUAGUCAUUGAAUGGCAAGACCACAUGACGGUUGUAAUUCUGAUAGGUUUGAUAAAUAUAACAGAUGUUAUUUAUAUAUGCUGCCUACUACGUCUAUUUUGUUC